AGUGCCGCCUAAACGUCAUUAUUUUGAAAACAUGUCAGGGCAUGAACAUUGUGGAGCGAAUUUCACUAAAGAAUAUAAGAUUAUUUGUUACAAAUGGGAGUGAUGCUAGUACAUUAACUAUUUUAUGAACUGUCGCUACAGUUGGAGUGUAAUUCGAGUAAAGAUUUCCAAGUUUUCUUGUCAAAAAUGGACAAGGACACUAAUGCAAAGGGAGAAGGCAUUCUUUCCAGAAUGGCUCUCAAUGACAAUAAGGCAGGAAUGGAGGGCCUUGACAGAGACAAGAUCAACGCAAUCAUCAUGGAGACAUCUAAGGGAUCUAGGUUUUAUGAAAAUGAACUGAAGAGGGAUCAGCAGGUCAACCAACGCAUUGAGAAAAUGAUGCAGCAAAAGGCUUCUAUUACAGGAGAGCAGUUACAGAUGGCAAACCUCAAGGUUGCAAAGAUGGUCACAGAGAUGGAGAAACAUCGUGAUCUCAGUCGGGUUAUUGUACAUGUGGACAUGGAUGCUUUCUAUGCAGCUGUAGAGAUGAGGGACUGCCCAGAGCUCAAGGAUAAACCAAUGGCUGUAGGCUCUAUGAGCAUGCUUUCAACAUCAAACUAUCAUGCAAGAAAGUUUGGGGUACGAGCAGCCAUGCCUGGAUUUAUUGCAAAGAAACUUUGCCCCAACUUGGUUAUUGUUCCUACAAACUUUGACAAAUAUAGGGCCGUCAGUAAAGAGGUUCGGAUAAUAUUUGCUGAGUAUGAUCCUGAUUUCCAACCAGUCAGCCUGGACGAAGCCUAUCUGGACUUCACAGAGCACCUGGAACAGAGAAAGAGCUGGCCAGAAUCAGCACGCACACACUACUAUAGUAACAGCACUAACAACAAUGAUGAGGCACAGAUGGAACCAGUGGAAAAGACAGAAGUAAAGGAUCUUUCCCCUGUUUUAUUUGAGGACAGCCCCAGCUCCUCUCCUGUGCUUACCAGCUGUGGAAGUGGGGCUAUUGUUGGCAAAAUAUUUGAAGUAUUUGGGACAUCUACUGAGGAGGCUGUAAGAGAGAUGCGUUUCCGAAUUGAGCAGAAAACAAAGUUAACAGCAAGCGCAGGUAUUGCUCCCAACAUGAUGUUGGCCAAGGUAUGCAGUGAUAAGAAUAAACCCAAUGGUCAAUACAGACUUCCUCCCACAAGAGAUGCAGUGAUGGACUUCAUUCACAAUCUCCCAGUUCGCAAGGUGCCUGGCAUUGGUAAAGUGAGUGAGAAGAUGCUGAAAGCCCUAGGCAUCUGUAACUGUUUUGAUCUUAGACAGCAGAUGGCACUGUUGUCCUUGUUGUUCUCCGAGACUGCUUGGCAUCACUUCAUAGAGUUAUCCCUAGGUUUGAGCUCCACAUUUAUACCAAGGAAUGAGGAGAGAAAAAGCAUGAGCACUGAACGGACAUUUAAAGAACUUAGUUACCCAGAGGAACAGUUUGCUUUGUGUAGAGAACUUUGUGAUGAUUUAGCAGAAGACAUGAAGAAAGAAGGCCUAAAGGGUAAAACGGUUACAGUGAAGCUAAAGAACGUCAAUUUUGAAGUGAAAACCAGAGCGAUGACUGUACAAUGUGCAGUGGCUACAGCUGAGGAGAUUUAUGCUAUUGCUAAGGACCUGCUGAAAACUGAAAUAGAAAAUGUAGCUCCUCACCUGCUCAGACUGAGACUCAUGGGUGUUAGAGUUUCUGCAUUUGUCAACUUGGAAGACAAAAGGCUGCUGCAAAAAAGCAUCGUGGGAUUUUUUCAGCAGGGCAAAAAGGACUGCAGUACCCCUGGUGGUUCUCUACAAGAACCUUCUCAGAAAUUGGAGAGACCUCAAUUUUUAAGGCAGAAUAAGCAAGAAGGGCUGGAGGAACAUAAGAUGUUUGAUAAACCAAAACUGUCUUUUUUUCAAAUGGCUCAGGUCAAAAGACUUCAAGUUGAAGCUGAAAAAGCAGCCUCACAAAACAUAGUUACAAUGGAAAAUCCCUGCACUUCUGUUGAUAAUGACCAACGCAACAAUGAGAUUUUAACAGAAAAGCUGGCACCACAGAAUGCUUCCCUUUUAACUGCACAGAACCUCUCCCCAUCACCAGAGCCUCAACCAUCCACUUCAGACUGUGGUAUUCCAUCGUCUGAAGGCCUCACCUGCCCCGUGUGCUUCUGUCAAGUCAAUACAACCAACUUAAAUAUUUUUAAUAACCACAUAGACCUGUGUCUCAAAGGGGCUACAACAAGGAGUGACCAGAACACUGACCCUGAAUCAGAUUUGAGGUCACAAAAUACAGAUACCCAAUGUCACAUAUCAGACAAAUACAGUUUAGAAGAAAAUAAGAAGACUGAAGUCUCCAAACAAGAUUUUGGCAAAAUGAAUCCACAGGAGGGUUAUAAAAAUGGAGGCAGUGCUUUGAACAGCGAUGACCGUAUAGGUUCAGAGCACCCAAAAUCAUGUGAUGAUAAAUGCCCUGUCCUCAUCUGUCCGGUGUGCCACAAAACCCAGGACACGAAUGACCUUACUGCUUUUAACCAUCAUGUUGACCUUUGCCUGAACCAGGAAGUGCUACACAAGCUCGAGGGACAAACAAUAAUGCCAGCAAAGCCAGCAUUAGUUACAGUCACAAACAAUAAAGGAACAGUCAGCAAUCCACUUAUGCAUAAGUCAACCAAAGGCAAAACCAAAAGGCGAGACUCUCCUUCCUCUCCUCCCUCGAAAAAGGCUAAAGGGCAUGGAUCCCACAACACCAUUGACCGAUUCUUCAGGUGAUUUCUGCUCAAGCAAC